AUGUUUUCAGUCAAUAGUCGUGCGUUUUUGGGUAUUGCCCGAGUGCAUGCCGUGAGAGCAUAUCAAAUACCUGCCACUAAAAGGACUAUAAUUCCAAUUUAUCCUGCUGUUGAGAAAUUGAAAAAUAAGAAUAGUGUUAUCUAUGAUAUCUCUAAAACUGAUAUCGAAAAAUCGCUUGAUCCUGAAGGUUGGAGAAGAAGACUGCUUAAUAAAGGUCCAAAGGAUGUCACGAAGGGCCAAAAAAGUGCAGAUAGAACAACCUAUAUUGAAACUGGUGAUAUUGUUAGAAUUACAUAUGAUAAGAGUAAAUGUGAUGAUGAGACUUUUUUAGGGUAUGUUCUAGGUGUUUAUAGAAAAAACUUGGUUCAAGAUUCCUCGCUUUUAUUAAGAAAUCAAGUUGGUAAAACUUUUGUUGAAGUUAGAGUUCCAAUUUUUUCACCAUUGAUUCAAAGUAUAGAUAUUUUGAAGAAAUGUGAAAUUGGAGAGAAGAGAAGAAAGAGAAGCAAGCAUUAUUACAUCAGAGGUACUAAGCUAGAUGUAGGUGAAUUAGAACUGAUGUUGAGGAAAAAAAGAUAA